CAGGCACUGGGUACCAAAACAAUCAACAUGUGCUUUUGAUGUAUCAUAAUAAAUCUGCGGUAGUCAGAUCGUCAAAUCGAAUGGGACAUUGCGUUCACUUGUCAGUAAACUUGUGGACGGUUUAGUUCUAUCCAACAAAUACGUGAUAAACCCGAAUCAGAACUUAUAUCGUGACGCAAUAAUAAGCUUUUUAUUCUGCGUUCUGGUUUCAUGUCCUUGCUCUUAUUUUUGACAUUAUCUGCCCAGAUUUUGAUAUUUGCCUCUACGAUCAACAUCCUACGAAUUGUUCCUGCCUUGGAUUUUCCGACGUGUAGGCUUCAUCUGCUCAUGCUCCAGCCGAACCAGCCAGCCCAAUUACCAACAUGGCUGUAAAUGUUUCUUACGUAUACAUUUUUAUUUUAUGUAUUCAGAAUUUCAUAUCCAAUGCCGCAGUCGAAAGGAGAUUCUCCGACUUCAAAAGCUGUCCAGACGAGGAAUGCAGUAUGCUCUUGUGCCGGGGGAAAACUUUUAGCGAUUACACUGGACCAGACUGUCGGUUUCUGCCAUUUAAAAAAGGAGAGACUAUAUAUGUCUACUAUAAACUCUCAAGCCAAAGGACAAAUAUAUGGGCAGGGAGUGUUGGUAACCGCUUUGGUUACUUCAAUAAGGACCAACUCGUAAUCAAUCACAUAUACACUGAAAAAGAAUUGGAGAUUCCUGCUGAGGAAACCGACUUUGUUUACUUUGACACUGGACACGAUAAGUUUGACAGUUAUGACAUUGAUUCACUGUUAGGUUCCUCUUUAUUGUUAACAGACAAGGAGGAAUCUGUGCAAGUAACCACAGAGACUUUUUACCUAAACAAAAGUGCUGAGAGCACCACGGUGGAAGUGGAUGAGCCUCCACCUGAAGUGACAUUGUUAGAAAAUUAUGAGAUUGAUAGGGAUGUUCCUGAGGACAUUGAUAAGGUUGUAGAGGUUCUAGAUAAUGAUGAUCUGAGACAUUUUGAGGCUUUAGAGUUCUCUCUGCCUCAGCCUGAAACUCUUGACACAAAGGGAGUGGAAUAUAACACUGUACUUGAGACCACAGCUGAGAGGAUCAAAGAUUACCUUCAGAAAGAUCAGCAGAGGACAGAGGACUCUGUGCCGUACAGUGUUGUUGAACCAGAGGAAGGUGAGAUCAAAGAAACCCCCUCAGAACCUCUAUCCAAAGAUGAUCCUGAGUUAGAAAAUGCACCUGGUGGUUUUUCAGAAGGCAGACCUAUGCCGGAGUUAAAAACCACACUUGGAAUAACUUUUGAUGCUGUCACUUCCAAUGAUGAGGACACUUGGAAGGUGACUCCAUAUGAUGAGGAAAGGGACAAGACUGAAUAUCAGCAGGAUGAGGAAAGUGAUUAUCAUCUCAGGGAAACUCCAUUGCUGGCUUUUUCUGAAGUAAGUUCUAGUUUGGAACACGAGAACAUUCUGGAAUCUGAUCAUACAGAUGAGGAAGACUGUCUAUCAGAGGUACCUCAUACACAGAAACAGGACUCCAAGGACAAUAACCUGUGGUCUGCAUUUGGUGAUACAGUUUUUAACAUUGUCAGUGGUGGGGAAAGAAUAGCUCAUGUUGCCGGUUCAGAGGAAGAUGAGGAGGAUGACGAAGGUGAGAUUACACCAGAGCAGCCUCCCAAAAUUGAAGAACCCAAGGAGUCAUUUGGCUGUUCUACUUCCUCUGAGCUAAUCUUUGAGCAACCUGCGGACUCUAAUUUCAGUGAGGAUGCUGUCAAAGUACCUGAUGAGGAUUCUCAGAUGUUGCAGUUUGAGGAUGAAUCUGAAGAAGCUGACAUUGAACCUUCAACACCUCCUGCUGAUGAGGCGAGUCCCUUUGAACACACUGAGGCUUUAGCAGAGAAUCUUACAGUAGAUGACAGCCCAGUCCCUAAACAGCUCUCACAGACAGACAUACUCUCAGACUUUGAUAGUAAAAUUAACGAAUUAGAGCAGAAACAGGCUGUUGAAGAACUCCCCAUACAAAAAGAGGAGUCAAUAGAUUUCUCACAAGUAGAGAAUACAUUUAAACAGGGUGGUACAGAGCUUUUCAGACUAUUGCGAGAACCAUACCAGAAGAUCCCAGAUCCAAGUAAAAACACAAUGGUGAAAGAGAGCCAUCUUGAACUCCCCAUAGAGGAGGAUGAUUCAAUACACCUAGAGGGGGAAGCGAUUGAGGAAGAGUUGCUAGAGGAUGAACAUGCAGUAUUGUCUUCAUCCAAAACUGAGCACACUGAUGAAAAUGACACAGAAAGUCUAUCUGAAUUUGGGUCAGAGCAACCCAAUAAUUAUACACAAACCGAUGUUGUAUCCAGUGAUGUGUUGGAUGUGGUCCAACACGACGAGGCUAUUGACAUAGAACCUGAGGUGCAUGAGACUGAAAGUGAUGCUGAAAGCCACACACCCUCACUUAAAGAUAAAGUUCUGGAUCCCCUUCCAAACAAGGCGACGGAAUACAAUGACAAUGUGUUGAGGCUGACACUAUUGCGAGACCAAUUCAAGGAGGAGGAUAUGGAGCGCCUCCAAAAGAUUCUAGGUCUUCAGAAUCUCUUUAGGGUGGAGUUCCUGUUUUCUGACCUGGAGCUGAAGGCUGCCCGGCUGUCCCAGACAAACACCAGUGAGAACAUUGAAAAGGUGCUGGAAGCCUCUGAAACCCCAAUCCUGGAUGAGAUUGAGAGGAUGCUGAAUGCCCAGGAGAACGCUGACCUGCAGCAGGAGGCUGGUGAGUUUGUUGAGGAAGCUUCCAUCAUGGACGACUUCCAGGAAUUGGUGUUCACCCUGAGUCAGAAGUACUCAACGGCCAGAAACAGUGCUCCCCUGGCAGUGGGCAGUCAACUACACCCUGACACAGAUGGGGAUAUGUCUGAUGAUGCGGAGGAAGAGAAGACAUUCCCGCAGUCUGUGGAGGACACAGACAAGGACAACCUCACUGUGACAGAGACGGGUGAAGAGACUAAGGCACCUGAGAAGCCUGCCCAUGAUGGUCACAAGAUACCAGAUAUGGGCAUUGAGGAGGAUAGUGGGUACUUGAACAGAAACAAAGACAAUCAGGCAAGCUCUAAAACUCCAGAAGAAAUCCAGAGGGGCCCUCAAACUAUUUUGGAAAAUACCUUGGACAUGGGACUUAGCGUAGACAUGGAUCACCCUCCCUCAGUAUCUCUGGAAUCACCUGUCACUGAUUUCCAUGAAGAGGAGCAGAGUGGUUCAUCAUUCGUAUCAGUGCUAAUUUUAUCUGGUCGUCUCAUCACCCUGUUUUAUGAGUAUCUUGGAAUAUAUGGUGUUAUGAUGGUCACCAGCCUGCCAGAGCACUGGAAGCCAGGUCCAGACUUCUACAGCGUGUUCUGUGAACCCGUGCUGGUCACUGCAGGUGCCGGGGUCAUCGGCUUCCUCUUCUGGAGGAGCAUUCUAUCUGUCAAAAGCAAGUCAUAUCUAACUACUGAAAAAGAGCUGGUGGACAGGAUGAAAAUGCUUGAACAAGAGAAGGAGGAGAUACUCCAAAAGGUCGCUGAACUGCAGCAACGGGGCAAAGAACUUAAAGAAAAUCAAAAGCUGUCUGAAAAAUCUGCCACUUUAUCUCUGGAGAAGAUCCAGGAUUUGGAGAAUAUUGUGCAAGAGAUGGAGAGACAAAAUGAGCGCCUGGAUGAGGAAAAUCACUUACUCGCCAUAUCCUUUGACAAAGAGCGGGCCAAUACUGCGAAACAUGAAGAUAUGAUGUCCGAAAUGGACAAAACCAUUGAGAAGUUGAAGCGCAGCAAGAAGAAGACCCAGGACGCACUCUCAAAGUCUACCAUUCUGAUGGAUGAAGUCAAGCUCCGUGAAGAUGCCCAGAAUGUCCAGCACCAGGUUCUGGAGAAGGAUAUUGCCACCCUGAAGGAGGAGAACCUCUCGCUGCACCAUGCUGCCAAGUUGUGGGAGGAGAAGCACAAGGAGACAAGAGAGCAGAUCAAAGUCUACCACAAGUCUCAGAAAGACCUGGAGGAUUCCCUCGUUCAAAAGGACCACAACAUUGAGGGGGAAAGUAUCUCAAUUGGUGCUUCUCAACCUCUCUGGCAGGUUCUAUCUGACCUGCUAGGAGACCUGGAGGCCUGCGAUGACCUGAAAGGUGGAGUUGUGGCUAACGGGGAAGCCUUUAACGACAAGCAGACCAUCAUCCAAAACCGCAUUAAGCAAAUGAUGGUCGUCUCUCGGAACUUUCCACAGGUCCAGACCACUCUGUCUGUUGUGGAGGAAGAGCGCGAUCGCUUCAUGACCAAGCUGCUGAACGAAGAGAAGUCCAGGAAAGAGCUGGAAGAGCAAUUUCAGAAGCUGGAGCAUGACAUCUUGUUGGUGAAAAGUGACAAGAACCACCUGGAGAACCAGUACAAGACCCUGCAGCAGAAGAAUGACAUCAUGACCGAGAUGUACCAGCAGAAGGAGAACGCUUUGCAGCAGAAGCUGACCAAGGAGGAGUUUGAGCGCCCCAACAAGGAAGACUGGCUGAUGAAGGUGGACAGCAAGGCCCUAGAGGAGGAGGUCAAGGUGUGUAGGCAGCGCGUUAAAGAGAUCCAGGAUGAGCUGAAACGGACCGAGAAGUCCUACAAAGCCCAGAUCAUUGAGCAGGAGCAGAAAUCUCACGAGAACUGGGUGAUUGCACGCGCCGCAGAGCGAGCUAUGUUCGACGAGAAGAAGGAAAACACUAACCUUCGUAACUUACUGACUGACAUGUCCAGCAAGCUGAAUGAGCUCCGUAGGCCUCUGUUCAAGCCCACCCCUGGGAUGGCUCCCAUGCCUCUCCGACGAGGACCACGACCUCGCGGCCGUUACCCUCCUGACCACAAACACCCAGUGGCUUCUAGACCUGACACCAUGGCCCCACGUACAUCCUCACCAAGCGAUCUGGGCAGCUCGACCGCUCCACUAGAGUCACAGGCUGAGGCCCAGGCCUCCACAGAGAACCCAGAGGCAAACACCCGACCUCAGGGUCCUGGCUCCCUGCUGGUCUCUCCCAUCAGGUCCCCCCCCGACUCAAGCCCCGGCCCCCUCAGACCAGUCAUCAGCCAUCCCUCCAGACUCUGCUACCGUCCCAUUCCCGGACCCCACCACAUCCUUCCUCCCCCACCCUUCAUGCCUCCCGUGUACCGACCAGACAACGGACACUCAGGCAUGAUGCCUCCUGGACCCCCACCACCUAACGGACACCCACCUGGUCCCAUGAUACCACCCGGACAUCAGCCUCCAACUCCUGGUGCUUACAGUCCCCCUUCCCCACACAACCGGUACCUUCCUCCACCUUCUCACUAUGAACCGGUGCCUCCCCCAUUCGGUGUUUCCGGCAGCCCUCCUAUGGGCCGACCCAUGGGACCCCCACAUACCUACGUGCACUAUGGACCACUUCAUCACUCCAUCCUGCCCCCUGGGGUGGCCCCAUACCCUCAUGUCGGCCCCAGAGACUUCCCUGUGCAGCCACAGGUCCCACAUGGCCAUGACUCUUCAGUGGGCCCCCAGCCCGGCGCUGGCCCCCAGGGCCAGGGGCAAGACUAUAGGUCCCAGCAGGCAACAGCUGCCCCCCAGGACUCAGACAUCUCUGCCAUGGCAGAGCCUUAGACACCUACCAACCAUUAAUGACCCAGCUACAUUUAAUCAACCACGAUUCAUCUCUUUAUUUUUUCCUUUUUGUUUUUUAAUUAGCUAAAAAUAUAUAUAUGAUAUACUUGCGAACAACAGAAGUAUCUAAAAAGUUAGUGUUCCUAUUAAAGCAUCAGAAAAUCUAUGUCUUGUGUUUCGUGUCUGAAAUGUAAUAGACUUGAAGAGGAGUAGUACUGAGGCUUGUUACUCUGCAAGAAGUCCUAUUGUGCAAUAACAUUUCUAUUGUGUGACUGAGCUUUUUGAAAGGUUAUUUAUGUUGAUUUUGUAUUCAUUUCACAAUGUUAUCAUGGUUUCCUGUGGAAAUGAUUAUUAAAAAUAAAUGGACCCCAAGCUUUUGGGUUGCUUGAUCAAUCAUUUCAGAAGUACCAUAUUAUCUGAGCUCUUCCCAAAACUCUCUUCAGAAUGAACUGAAAGGGAAAGUUGUGUAAGUUGAAAGUCAGAUGUAAUUUACUGUUCUUAGGAUAUUUUAUUAAUGAAACUGGUAAGAGGUACUGCAGUUUUCUUUUGUUCAUAUGACGCAUAUGACAACUUUUGCAAUCCAUUUUAGUUUGAAAGGAAAUGUCUGACAGUGCAUUUUGUUUUGUAUGGGUAGCUGUAUUACAUGUGAAAGGCCAGUAAUCACCCACUAACUGAACACCUGUCAUAUUACAUUUGUUUCACAUUUGUUUCUUUUUGUCAUGUUACAUCAGGAAUUCAUCACAUUUUUCUAUUUAUUAAUAAAAAGAAAAUAACCCAAUUUUUUUUUUUUGCACGUGACUAAAGACUAUUUGCAUUAAAUGUAUAUCAUUGCAUGCUUUGGUUAGAAAUGUUUUACUCUCUGUAGGUCCCAGAACUUUUCUUUGUACCCACUGACUAUUUACCGCUACCAAAAACACUUGACUGAUUAUUGGCAUAUCUGGAAUGUUAUGAUGUACACUUAUCGAGGCUGUCAAAUUAUUGUGUAGCUGUGCUCUGCUCUGCCUGUCACCAUACUGUACAAUGAAAGUGGUUCUGAGUGAAUGACACAGGGAAAAGUAAGGGCAUACAAGGGUUUGAGUCUUAUGCUAUAGUCCAGGGUUUCCCAAACUCAGUCCUUUUGCCCUAGCACUACACAGUUGAUUCUAUUAAUCAACUCAGCAAGCUUUGAUUAUUUGAAUCACGACCGAGUUUGCGAAACCCUGCUCUAGUCUACAGAAACAGUGCAGGUAGAAUGAACAGGGUUUGUAUUGACAUUGUACAUUUCUACAGUAUGUGAUGCCAUAAAUGGAGUUACUGAAGGUUAAUCAUGAUGACUAAAUGGAUUGAAUUUGCUGUCUUUGUAUAUGCUAACAACUGCUACAGUAAUACCCAUCUGUUAUUCCUGAUUUAAGUGGAUAAUUCUGGUAAUUACUAUGGGCACUCCUGCAAAGCCUUCGCUAGUCUUACACGGCAGUGGCUAUGUUCGUGAGAAUCAAAUAUGUGAUUCAUUAUGACUAACUGAUCUACGAAUAAUGAGUUGUUUAUUUUAUGAUGCGAGGUCAUUUGUUUAUCAGUCAGCGGUCACCUGCAAUGUGAACAUUUGACAUGUUUGGUUUCGCUCCUUUAGUAAGUGUAAAGAAGGACCACUAUUCAAACAGCAUUUUGUUUAUUAAAAAUGAAAGUAGUGUAAAUUGUCA